AGUUCGUAUUGAGCCCGGAGAACCGUUAACGGAACUCACGUUGCGGCCCGCUCCCUCCCCCCCCCGUCCUCCUCCUCCCCCGCGGUGAUACGAAUAAUAAAACGGCGCUGGUCGAGUCGAGGCGGUGCCGGAAUUCUUACGCCGAAUCUCGGGGUUACGCACGUUUAUAUGUUGAAUAUCUUCGGUUGUUUAUCGCUUCGGUUUUAACCGACGAAAAAAUUCACACUCUAAUCACGCCAAGACCUUUGAGUACGCGUUAAUUCGCGGGUGAUGUAUGCAUUGUCGUAUAGGAUUUACCGGGCCGAUUGAGUGACACUUGCGAUUGUUUUUUUUUUUUGUUUGUUUUUUGUUUUUAUUUUUAUACCACGUAGGUGUAAAGAAAUUGCCCAUCGUAGGGUACUUGAACCGUUUAAAUCUUAGGUAGACGUGGGUGCGGAAUUCUGUUCAAGCGUAUCGGUGGACGGAUUCUAUAACGACGAAGUGUAGUUUUGUUUCCGUGAUCAAUCCGUUGCGGUGCGAAAAGGUCGGUGGUUGUGAUACGAUACGGGUUCGGAGUGAAGUUUGCCUCGUCAUGUACGCGGCCACGUGAUAACGCGAGGUGCGGUUCGGAGGUUGAUUUUCUAAACUUGUAAGUAAUAUUAAAUCAAAGAUAAAAACAAAAGAUAAGAAAAAACAACGUAAAGAUACUGUGCGCGAUAAUAAUAACAGAGGAUUAUUCAUAUCGGGGAAUAUUAACACGAACGGAGAAACAAGGAAAGUGAAAAUACUUCUCGACUCGUGAAUUCCCCGCUAUCUGUUUACGCGUGUUCGUUACUUCGUUAUUCCGCGUAUCGAUAACGGAGCUGCGAGCGACGAGGUUUACGAAGUAGGAACGAGGCAAGAAAAAAAAAAUAAUAAAAAAAAAAAACACUAACGUAAAAUAAUAAUCGGACGGUUAUGGUGGGCGGUGGGGGGGAGGGGAACUUGACCUCUAUCGCAAAUGACCACUAUUUCAGUACGCCGACUAGAAGCGAACAGUUUAGUCGCGUGUUUCCCGGCAUCCCAGCAACGUUGCAGCAGCUAGUAGUCGUAGUCAUCAUAAUCAUCAUCAUCAGCAGCAGCAGCGAUGACAUCUCUUGAAUCAACCAAGUGAUAUCAUCCCCUACUUCGUUUUCGUCGAACCUUUGGCAACGAUUUUCCGUACCGUACAGAGAUUUUUAAACACAAGCGCGCGUUUUUGUUGCGUUGCUUUGUUUUUUUUUUCUCAUCUCCCCCAAUUCUCUCCGAUCCUUUCGCUUUUCAUUGGAGAAAAAAAAAACGAAGCUGUUUCGCGCAGCGUGGUGCGAAGUUUUACAAUAUAUAACACUAUAAACACGUGUAAAGCGAUCGAGUGGUAACUAACCGGAUAGUCGAAGUGCGGGAAUAAUUGGACAAGUUCGGAACGGUUAGACGAAGGGUAACGGGAAUCCCCCCCCCCCCCCCCCUUGUCGCGUUCUUUUUUUUCGCCAACAAAACCACGUGGUCGUUGGUCCACGGAAUUCGGGGAAAAACGCCCGGCGACCGACGAUUUAGUCACUCCGCAGUUUUACUCCGACCUCGUCAUGAGUGCCGAAGCUCAAGUGCAGCGGAGGACUGCUUCAGUUUGUGCGAAGUGGACUUGGUCCGUUUUAGUUUUAGUGGUGGUUAUUGUUGUUUGUGGUGCACCUCGAACGGUCGACGCUUACACGAACCAAUGGGCUGCCCACAUCGAGGGAGGACCCGAGGUUGCCAAGCAGGUCGCCGCCGAUCAUGGAUUCCGAUAUUUGGACAAGAUACUGGGUGAUUGGUAUCACAUGGAGCACCGGUCUGUGUCGAAGCGAUCGACGGAGCCACACAAGAAGGUGCACAUCCGGCUCCUGAGGGACAAUAGGGUUCUCCGAGCCGAACAACAGCGGUCAAAAUCGCGGACCAAACGUGACUACGUUGAAAGACACAGCUCGCCGACGAUGCAGAUGACCUUCAACGACGAGAAGUGGCCUGCGAUGUGGUACCUAAAUCGAGGCAACGGGCUUGACAUGAACGUGCAGGAGGCCUGGGCCGAGGAUAUCACGGGCACCGGUAUCGUCGUCACAAUUCUCGACGACGGUCUCGAGAAAGAUCAUCCUGACCUGUUGAGGAACUACGAUCCGGAGGCCAGCUACGACGUCAAUGGGCAAGACGACGAUCCCAUGCCGAGGUACGAUGCAAUGGACAGUAAUCGACACGGGACCCGAUGUGCAGGCGAGGUCGCAGCUGUCGCUAACAAUUCUAAUUGCGCGGUUGGCGUAGCGUACGAUGCUUCGGUCGGAGGAGUUCGAAUGCUCGACGGGGACGUUACGGACGCCGUUGAAGCCAGAUCGCUGGCCUUCAAUUCUCAACACAUCCACAUUUACAGCGCCUCUUGGGGUCCGGACGACGAUGGGAAAACCGUUGACGGUCCCGGUGAACUCGCUACGAGAGCAUUCAUCGAGGGUAUCACCAAGGGACGCGAGGGCAGAGGCUCGAUAUUCGUCUGGGCUUCGGGGAACGGAGGCCGCGAUCACGACAACUGUAACUGCGACGGGUACACGAACAGCAUAUGGACCUUGUCGAUCAGCAGCGCAACGGAGAACGGAUUGGUUCCCUGGUACAGCGAGGCCUGCUCCUCGACUCUGGCGACGACCUACAGCUCGGGAUCAAACGGGGAAAAGCAGGUGGUCACGACCGACAUUCAUCAUCACUGCACCGGCAGCCACACCGGUACCUCGGCAUCUGCGCCCCUGGCAGCCGGCAUUUGCGCCUUGGCCUUGGAGGCGAACCUCCGGCUGACCUGGAGAGACAUGCAACACAUCGUCGUUAGGACGGCGAAACCGGCGAACCUUAAGGCGCCUGAUUGGGUCACUAAUGGCGUUGGGCGAAACGUCAGCCACAGUUUUGGCUAUGGUCUCAUGGAUGCCGGGGCGAUGGUCAAGCUCGCGAGAAGGUGGAGAACUGUGCCGGAGCAACACAAGUGCGAGGUUCCUGCGCCUAACAUCGGCCGAACGAUACCACCAAAGAGCCAAAUCACGCUGAUGCUGCACGUCAAGGAAUGCAGCGGCGUCAACUUCCUCGAGCAUGUCCAGGCCAAGGUAUCGCUUACGGCCGGCAGAAGAGGAGAUCUUCAGAUUCAGCUCACGUCACCGGCCGGCACCAAGAGCACGCUCCUGGCGAAGAGGCUGCACGACGCCUCGAAGGCCGGUUUCAAUCAGUGGCCCUUCAUGUCCGUCCACACCUGGGGAGAACGUCCUCACGGCUCGUGGAAGCUGGAGAUCCACAACGAGGGUCGUUACCUAGCGGAGCUUGGCGAGUGGAAGCUGGUGCUUUACGGCACGAACACGUCCGUCGAAGGAGACGAGCUAGCGAUCGGCGGCUCCAAGGGCAACGUCGACGUCGACCAGAUACAGAGCAACGUCGUCGACACCGAGGGCGAUCCUUUGGGCGGAAGUCAGCGGGUGGACCAGGCCACGCACACGGAAGUGGAGCAGACGACUAACGAAGAUCAGACCAGCGGAGCUUGCAAAACCACCGCCGGGAACCAGUGCCUAGGUGAUUCCACUAAUUGUAGUAAGGCUAAACAACAAGGAAAUGGGGCACCGCAACCAGAUGUGUAUGAGAUUUUGAAAUCAAUUUCGGCCGAUUUAAAAUCCUUGAAAGAGACCCACAGAGAAGACCUGAUCAGCCUCAAGAAGUCGCUCGAACUGUAUCGGACAAUUGUACAGGAGAUCUCUCUUAAGUUAUAUUUUAUCGCUGCUUUUUCUGACCAACUGCACAAAGACAUGGAAGCAGUCGUACGUGCAUGCACUCUGGAAAAAGUCGAUUCGCUGACAUUGAAGAAUGAGAGACUACGUAAAGACAUGUGGCUUAAGCCAUUUGGGGCAUAAAAUUUCUGCACGAAUUCUUUCGGCAAAGGAUAAUAAACUAAUCGCACGUUGGCUUAUAAAUUCUUCAACGCAAUACCUGGAUUUUUUUUAUAGUUUUCCGAUCGAGGGCGACCCCCUUGCAUUCCUCACGAAGUUAUUCUGUCAUCGGAUUUCUCUUUGUCAAAUCAGUUUCUCGAAGUUUCUAACUCCGAGAAAUUUCAUUGUUUCAGAUCCAAGAUCACAUCGGUUUCUUCUCCACCUUCCCCUUCGACACUUGUUUUCGUUUAAAUUCAACUUGCGAAAUAGUACUUUUCCAUCGGCUGUUCUUAAAGCACAUCCUUUCGAUCCAGUUUCAUCACAAUAAAGUGCCUCUUUACGAUCCACGUAUACGUAAGCUUAAGGCCUCAGCUUCGCGGCCGGAAAAAACGACCGAAUAGACGCAUACUUUACGUAUACUCGAUCGAAAAAUGUUGUUCGCACCUCGCGAGUAAAAUUUUACAACCCAGCUACGAAAAUUCAAUCUCGUUUUAACUCUAGCUUGUUACAUGGCAUUGACUGCAACACCUGUUGUAUCUACUACGCUGCUAGGAAUUUAUUUACCGCUCUUUGAUGCAUGGGGUAUUUUUAUAUUAAACUCGAAAGACGCUCUUAUAUCCGCCUCAACUCUGAAGCUGCUAAUCCCUGGAAAUCUAAUCAUCGUCGCCCAAUCUUAAUCCUGUAUUCAGAGCCUGCGUUAUCUGGAAAUUUCAUCUUCUUGCAAUUACAUAUCUGAACAUUAACCCAUGGAGUAUCGUAUCAAUCUACAGGAAAUAAGAUUCCACUUGAGUCAGCACCUUCAAACAUCGGAUAUACUAACUCUUAUUCAUUUCUUUGCUUAUUUUCAUCAAACUCUUUGGUUUUGAGUCUAUGGAUCGAUGCAUGGCUUGGUACUUCUGCAGUGUUUCUUUACUUUAAAAGUUUAGGGUGUACCCUUACACACGUGGGAAACGUGUGGAUAAUUGUAUUUCUCCUUAGUCCUUGAGGAUCAAGAUCCCAGGACUUGAAACAACUUCCUCUCUUUUUCUCUGUCUUUUUUCCCAGUUUUCUUUUCCUCUUUCCUUAAGAAUGCAAGAAUAUUGUGAGUUUAAAAUUUAAUGAAUGUAAGACAAAGCUCCGUGCCACCGCAGUUAUUUGAGAAUACCUUCGUCCGAGAUCUGCGCGAGAAGCUUACACGAAAUAUAAACUCGUUUCAAAUUCUCGGAAUUCUUGCACCCUCGCGUUUGGUUCCUAAGCGAUGCACGCGUUUCCUCGUAAGAAAAAAUAAAGAAAGAAAAGUAUCUCCAACUCGUAACGCGAAGUUUCACGCAACGGAAUUUCCACUUAGAAUUAAUUAAUUAUCGAAGCAAACAAUUAGCCGACGACUGGAAGAAGAACAAAAAAACUCAAUCUGUACCCUCGCAUUUCUCGCCCUUCACAAGUCAAUUCCUUUAACAAGGGUGUUGAUUUUUCUUUCCUUACUUUUUCACGGUUUUAAAAAAGUUGAUACAAAUGUGUAUCUGAAAAAAUAAAACAAAAACUGAGACCCGCGUACGUACAUAAUUCCGCAACAAGGAUAGAAUAUUGUCUUUCACAUUUCAAUGGGUUCCUAUAAUUAUAAUUCUUUACGCCGUCAUCUUGACUCUAUGAUAAAAGUACAUGUGGGGAUAAAAUACACGGGUUUCUCCAACCGCGUUGCUAAAAUGACUCGACUGUGUAAAAAAAAAAAAAAAACGUGACAUAAUACGAAAAUAAUAAAUAAUUCUCGAUUCUGUGUAUAUAAAACUUAUCUAUACAGUAUCGUGCACAUACCCUAACCGUGUACCAUGUACAUAAAUCAUAACAAAUCGGAUUAAUUAUCCAUAGUGAAAUUAUAUACGAUAAACGGAAAACUGUAUAGUAUAUUAAAUGAAGAAGAAAAAUGAAAAAUAAAGAUAACAAUUUCGAAAUACUAGGAAAAGGAAAAGACCGACUGCGGUGCAUAUUAGGAACCCGUGUGCCAUGACGUGUUCACAAUCAGUGCCAAAAAAAAAAAAAAAAAAUGAAAAGGCACUUGCGGUGCGAAACGGCGCUCCUCGUCGUACGUUGUCGUAAAUAUUAUACAUAAUUAAGUACACAUGAUAUUACAUAGGUAUAAUAAUAAUAGGGAAGAUAUUGUAGAAAUCGGCGCGUACGAAGUCUUAAUAAUAAAUAGUAAUAACGGUGAAUAAAUAAUUUCUCACGAGGAAAAAGUGCAAUUAUACCUAAUUAAUAUAUAAUAUCUAUACUAUACGUACAUAUAUACAUAUGCAUAUAGCGUUGCCAAAUAAAUAGUCUAAGGAGAAAAUACCUCUAAUUGUGUGCGCGGAGAAUGAGUGAGGAAGCGAUGACUGUACACGGGAACCAGUUAGAUACUUAUACAUUUAUCAUUGGAAAAACAAGAGACAGAAAACAAAAAAAAAAAAAAAUUAAAUAAAAAUCAACGCGUGCAUAUAUACAUAUAAAUAUACAUAAUACAUAGACAUGAUUAAUUCGAUAAACUUAUACGAUAUAUUUUCCACGCACUCUUCAAAUUUCAAUCACAUGACGCAGCCCAAGAAAUAGAUGAGAACAUAUGUUGGACAUAAUAUACGUACGGAUAAUAGUGUGUGGGUUGAAUUUUUUUUUUUAUUAUCAUUAUUUCGACGGUUUCUUUUUUUCUGAAUUCAAUCUUAUCGGUGGAAAAAUAAAUGAACGGACGUUCAAGAGGUCAAAAUUUAUAAAUUUAUCGACAAUUAAAUACAGUUCGAAAAUAACAUGUAUAAUACGCGUCUUAAAAUAAUCAUGUAUUCGAAUUAUUUUCGUAAACUUAACGACGCGUUAUACAAAUUAAACAACAAAAAAAAAAAAAGCAAAAGGAAAAGCAAACAAAUUUAGCUACGCGAUUAUUUUUCAACAAAAUUUCUUUCCGCCGAUAAGAUAUUUUACAGGUUUUGCGUUAAAUUAUUUUUGCCUUCGUAAUAUGAUGUGCAAUUCAUCAAUUGAAAUUGGAAGAAUGUAAAUAUCAGUUACGAAACGGUCACUAAUAAUGAGAUAAAAUUAAUUGUGCUUAUGAAAUCGCCGGAAUUUCUUUCCUAAAAUAAUUCUAGACGACACGGAUGAGGUGUAACAGGCUUAUCAACUGAUUAGACGAAAGUCGACGUUUAAUGUCGGUCACCGCAAGACUUUCAAUUGUAAUUUAUUGAAAUUAAAUAACAAUGUCUUUAUAAGACGCGCAGCUACGAAUCGCAGCGUAUGUCUAACGAAUGUUUUUACGGUAGUUACAUACAUAUUUGAUAACGAAUCUCGUCCAGACAUCAUCUAUUAAAUUAUUAUUUAACUAUAAUAAAUUAUCAACAAAAUAUAGCUGUAUAAAUAAUCGAAUAUAUUAUAUGUACAUAUAAUAAGUGGUUUUUAAUUGGUAACAUACAUAUAUAUAUAUAUAUAGAUAUAUACAUUUUAAAAAAUUUCAAAUACUUUUCGUGUAAAAUUUCACACAAUUCUGGUGCAAGGGUCGCAAUUUUCCUGACUUAAUUCGAGUCCAUACGUGCAUUGGUGCAAAAUUUGCACCAACUCGCGCAAAGUUCAUGCGGUUUCUUCACUUAUUCCGAAACAAUGUUUUGAAAUCUAUGAAAUUUAAAUGACACGAAAUGUAUACGAAAAUUUUUAAAAAUGUGAGCUGGAUGAUUUAAAUGGUAUAUUCGAGAAUUGGCAUGCCUGUAGUGUUUCGAGUUUGGUGUCUGUGAUUAUUUAUAACCUCGGCAUAUCUAAUUUGGCGCAUUUACAAUAACGAUCAUUCGUGAUUGUUGUUUUUUUUUUUUUUCUUUUAACAUAAAAAAUGACGCAUGGUUCCUCCGCGUUUGUUCGUUAUGAUUUCAAUUUAUUAAUUAUAUAUAUAAAGAAAAGAGACAAGUCAUAAUAUUAUACGUAUAACGUGGCGAACACUAACGAUUCAGAAUAAAGUCAAAAAUACAUAAUACGAGAAUACGUGUAAAAAUAUAAUAUGUAUAGUAACAUUCAUUAUUACUUAUUACUUGUUAUAUACAUUGAUGCAAUAUUUUAUCCAUUAUAUCAUUCAUUCGAUACCCGCAGAUAUUUGAAGGUAAUAUAUCCGGCAGGUACCAAUAACGAUUUGUUUAACGAAACGGGUAAAAAUAUACCCAAAGCUUACGCAAAUUUACAAGUGUCGAAUAUGUAUUUGCGGAUACAUUUGUUUGAAACAAUCUUUGUUUCUAAAUUGCCUGAUUGUUUUUCAACAGUCUGUUAAUUACUGUGGAAAAUAAUCGAUUGACGUGAUUUCCUUGGUUUGAAAAUGUUCGUUCUUUUCCACGUAAAACAUCUUUUGUCGUCAUCAUAUUCGCAACUUGUUUUGAAUUCACUGAAAAUCUGUUUCGUUAACAAAUCGUUACAAUUAUAGGUAAAUUACUAACCGAAUCAUGGUUCAUGUUUCAAUGGGAGAAAUUAUUUUUAUGCAUGACGUACUUAUCCACAUUGGUUUAAUAUAUGCCUUUUAUUCACACGUGCAGCAUAAUGUUGUUGCCGUUAUUUCAUCGUCUCAAUUGAUCGUCACAUAUAUUCACGAAUUUGGGCAUAUGUUAAUAAAUUCAUAUUCUGUAUAUCUACAAUCCACAUAGUACUUAUUCACUAAUCAGACAGGAGGAUAACUGGCCAAAUCCAAAGAUAAAUGUCUUUUUUUCUUUAAACUCAAGAAAUAUGCAAAGCAGAACAAUACUAAAGUAAGCAUCGCUGAAAACAAUGAUGAUAUUAUUAAUAACAAAAAUGAUAAAAACUUAUGAACCGUACUAAUAUCUGGGAAUGUGCGAAUUGAUGUGUUGCGACCACCUUGUAUAAUUAAUCGAUCACACUUAUAUUCAGAAUUAAUGCUGCAGCGAUAAAAGUCAGCGAAAACUUUGUGUCAGAAAAAUGGAUCGAUAAUUUUGUCUAAACUCUUUGAUGUCCAACCUCAUUGCAUCCAAGUUGCAGACGUGAACGUGAAUCCUUUUCGUUCGCGAUUUUAAAAGCAGCAAUUUUUUAGGCACGUAAACGUGAAGCUCCAGUCUCUACAGAAACCUCGAAGAAAUUAAAUUUGUCAUUAGUUUACUCAGCGUCGUAAAAAAAAGGAAGGAGGGGUAAAAGGGGCACAUAAUCCGAAUCUUCGCAGCCCUGAUUGUAAAUUUAUUGUUAUUGUCACAGUUCUGAUAGAUGAAAAAUUGAAUAGAACGCUGUUACCUAAAAUAAGGCAUACAAGAAAUGAAUUUCCUUGUAACUAAAUCUUUUCCGUAAUAUUAAUACGAUCCAUUUAUGCCUUUAGUGCUAUACCGUUACAGAUUGGAGAAUAAAAAUCCAAUUCAUCUUUCCGAAAGUUGAUCGCUAGUGAAAUCCCUGUAAAAACAAACAAUCUGGCAGCACCAUUGAAAGAUAUGUGUGAAGUAAGGAAUUUCUCGGUUUGUUUCUUAUAUCACAUAUUUUUGUAGUUUACGGAAAGGUAAUUUUGCUUUUUAAUAUCUUUUUCAUUCGGUGAAAAGUUGAUGCGAUAUCAAAAGGGGAUGGUAAGGUAUCGUGUAACUUUUACAAUUAUCGUUUGUAACCCAAAAAACGAAAAAAAAUUGCCCAAUUAUUUUUUAAUUUUUAAACUUUUUGCCAGAAAAUUUCCCUGGUAAAUUAAGUAUCUUGUACCUUGUUGCUCCCAGGGUAUCUUUGGGCAACCGUAACGAAAUAAGAACAGAAUUUAAUUAUCUUGCGUCCUUAUUCUACAACUUCCAUCAUUUAUAUAAAAUGUCUUCCGUUUAAAGCUGUAUACUUACUUGUGAAAUCACGUUUAGAAAAAAUCUCCUUUAUCAAAAGACUGUAACGAAUUGAAGAAUCGCAUAAAAUCUCUUGUUGCAGAUGUUAUCGUUCUUUUGGACCAUAUUCGUGCAUCAUAGAAUUUUAAUAAACACAUGAAUUAGAAAUUAAUAGUCCAAUUUUACAGCUUGAACAAGCUCGCAACGAUAUUUUCUUUGACCUAUUAAUUAUGAGAUUUCAGCGCUUUAGUCAUAAUUUAAAUUCUGCCACUGCGGUGCCCUUUAUUAUUGAUUUUUUACUCCAAUACCCGAAACUUUGUUCCACCAUUAAAUUUAUUCUAUUUAUUUAUUGUAUAUUAUAACCGUUUCCCACAGGAUUCAGAGCACACGAUACGUUGCAUUUUCUUCUAAAAAUGAGUCCAAGUUUUUUGCAUUAUCCACGUAUAACUUCGGGACUAUCGAUCCUAGCAAAGUAUGAGGAGGUACAGUGACUGUAACUUUUGACUCGUAGCUCCUAACCGAGUUGAAACUGUGCGCAAUGAGUUUUCUCUCGCGAAAUCAACUCGAUAUAGCGUAAUUCGAUUCUAGCAUUUUUCAAACUCCAACAUACACUAAAAUCCGAUCCGAUUUUUCUCGCAAAAUUAAGUCGUCGUAGCAUCCUAAACAUUUUAUUUCGGUACUUUCGAGGUAGUUCUCAAGUCUUGACGGAAAACAAGACAUGUUAUAAUAUUUCCUUUUCGGUCAAAGAACAAACUUAGUGUAUCCGUCGUCCGCCUAUGCAGUCAACAAUCAAUCUUACAAUGAUGAUUUUUAAUAAUCAUGCAGCAAAUUACAAAAAUUUUUUCUACAACCUUGCAUUAUCCGUUACCGUAAUGAAUCGAAUGAUCAGCGGCCGUUUGUUGUACGGUGCAAAAUUUCUUUUCUCAUUUGCCCAAGUUUGAAAAUAGCCAGUCGCGGUGUUGAGUUUCCACAUCACUUGCUAUUUCUGUUUUUCUCAUGACGACCGUUUCACAGUAUAUAACUCUUUCCUGUGUUCAACUCGUUAAAUUUCACAGAUUUAGAAUACAGACAUGAUGAUGUUACAAUUAUUUCCUACCGAAUACACUGUUCUCCGUACCAACGAAGAAGACCCCAUGAUAUGAACAUUCAAAUCCGAUCAAAACUAGACUCGAAACAUCGCGACAACAGAGUAAUUUCACUAAAAAAUUUUCAUCCAUUCGUACCUGCAUAUUAUCUAAUAUCAUCUAUAUAUUUUUAAUUGCUGAUUAAUAAUUAACUAACAUCAAUUUUGCACGCUACCUUGAAAACAAUUUAAACCUGAUAAAUCAGACCCAGCUUCUCGUCCCUCGUCACUGUUCGCACAGUUUGUUGGCAACCUUUGAAAAGUUAAAAUGUUCACAUUACGACUUGCGUGUUGUGCCGUUGAUCAGAAAUGGAUUUAUAAUAUCCACAUCGUCUAAGAUAUGUUUUACAAACCACGCUCGAUAUAAUAUUAAUAUAUUUAUAUUUUAUCGCACAAACGAAAGUAAAAAUCAAUUUAAUCUGAAUAAUAGAAAAAAAUGCAGAGCCCAUUGUACGUACCCAAUAUUAUUCUAUGCAAUUCAAACUGGCAUAAUACAUAAUAACCGCUCGAACGACGGUGAGUUGC